UAUUGGCUGGUGUCGGUUAUACAGAAUUGGCGAUGUAUCAUCAGGUUGGCAACUAAAGACAUGUUAUUCCACUAAAUAUUGCUACGUUGCAGAAGUUAAGUCUGAAUAAGAAAUUUGAAGCAUAGAAGUUAGUUGAUGUGUUACUAUCGCGGUCGUUAUUAUGGAAGGUAAUUUUGUAUGUUUAGAGUGUUCAAAGACUUAUGCAUUCCGACGAAAUCUACGGGCGCAUAUUACUAAGUGCCAGUCAUCGAAAUUAGAUGAAUUAGCUCCUGCAUUAAUAACUGUUCCCAAAUUUACAUGUAAUGAUUGUGAGAGUUUUUUCAAAGCAAAACCUGCUUCGUACGCAUGAACAUACAGAGCAUGGCAAGAGUUAUACUCCUAAACUCACAAAUGGUGGUAAAUGUUACAGCUAUAAGAAGUGCCCAUUAUGUGAUUUUACAUCUACAAAAGCAGACUUGUUGAAGCAUUUUGAAAACAUCCACGAUAAAUGUAUUGUAACUGAAGAUUUGCAGUUCCCUUCUUUUCAAGAAUUUAAUGUAUGGAAAAAAGGCAUUGAAGCAGAGACAAAGUGCAGUUUUAUAGUCGAACGUGGUGCCCAAAAAAGGAAUUCAGAUACCCACUACUUUUUUGUGUGUCAUCGUUCUGGUGUUUAUACACCAGAAGGUAGUGGUAUUAGACAUUUAAAACUACAGGGGUCAAAAAAAAUAAAUGGAUUUUGUCCAGCAAGUAUUACAGUUAUUGAAACUGAUGGAAAAUGCUGUGUUCAAUACUUAAAGACUCAUGUUGGCCAUAAAAAUGAAAUUGGACAUAUGUUUCUUUCAAAGGAAGAUAGAAUGCAUUUAGCUUCCAAGAUUGCUGCUGGUAUUCCUUUCGAAAGGAUUUUAGGCGAGAUUCGCGAUUCUAUUGCAGGAGAUCAGACACGUAUGCAUCUAGUUACUCGCCAUGAUUUACACAAUAUUGAAUUUCUGUUCAAUCUGUCAUCUGUAAGACACGCAGAUGAUGCAGUAAGUGUGGACUCAUGGGUUCGUGAAAUGGAGGGCACAGAAAAUUCUUGUGUGCUCUUUUAUAAACCACAAGGACAGCUAAGUGACAUGUACCCUGAGCUUAACCUUGAAGAUUUUAUUCUUAUAAUUAUGAAUGAAGCUCAGUGUUACAUGUUAGAAAAAUUUGGUAAGGACUGUGUCUGUGUGAUGAUGGGACUCAUGGUUUAAAUAACUAUGGGUUCGAACUUAUC